AUGGUUCAUGUAUUCAACACUUCAUACUCCAUGGUCUCAGCUGUAAGUGAAACUACGUUUACUUCCAACUACUUAAGGUCUUUUGAUGAGCUCGAAGCAGAGAUUAUACAGGGCCAGAAAUUACAGGUCCAAGAUAUGGAAGGAGUUGAACUAUGUGGAACACUGAAAAAUGUUGUGGCCAUCGCAGCAGGCUGCAAUUAUGAGAAUUGGUCUGAGGGUUCCAAGCUACUUUUCCCUUCUGUCAAAGAUACUACUUUCUUUGAGAGCUGCGGUGUAACAGAUCUAAUAACAACUUGCUUACUAGAUGGCAUACAAGUAUACACAAAGCUAAGAUCUAGUUUAUUAUUACCAUCCAGUCCUGUUCAAUGCUUUGCACCGAACUUGUAUUGCUGUCCUUCUGUGGGGGGCAGAAACAGGGAAUGUGCUGGGGCUUUUGCCAGAAAUGGUGGGAAAAGUUGCAUCCUAAACGAGUCUUUUGAUGAGCUCGAAGCAGAGAUGUUACAGGGCCAGAAAUUACAGGGUGUCUUAACGGCAAAAGAGGUUUAUGAGGUGUUAAGCCAUCGGGGAUGGUUAAAGGCUUAG